AUGCAUACAGGAGAGAAACAUUUCAGUUGCUCAGUGUGUGGUAAAGCGUUUUCUAAAAGAGGACAUAUGAAGAAACAUAUGAGAAUGCAUACAGGAGAGAAACCUUGCAGUUGCUCAUUCUGUGGUAAAGCGUUUUCUAAAAGAGGAUAUAUGAAGAAACAUAUGAGAAUGCAUACAGGAGAGAAACCCUUCAGUUGCCCAGUCUGCGGUAAAGAGUUUUCUUAUAAACAUAUUAUGCAAACACACAUGAGAAUACAUACAGGGGAGAAACCUUUCAGUUGCUCAGUGUGUGGUAAAGGGUUUUCUGAAAUAGGAAGUAUGCAGAGACACAUGAUAAUACAUUCAGCAGAUAAACCUUUCAGUUGCUCAGUCUGUGGUAAAGGAUUUUCUCAAAGAGGAAAUAUGCAGUCACACAUGAGAAUACAUACAGGAGAGAAACCCUUCAGUUGCUCAGUCUGUGGUAAAGGAUUUUCUCAAAGAGGAAAUAUGCAGAGACACAUGAUAGUACAUACGGGAGAUAAACCUUUCAGUUGCCCAGUCUGUGGUAUAGGGUUUUCGCAAAGAGGACAGAUGCAGUCACACAUGAGAGUACAUACAGGAGAGAAACCCUUCAAUUGCUCAGUCUGCGGUAAAGGGUUUUCGCAAAGAGGACAGAUGCAGACACACAUGAGAACGCAUACAGGAGAGAAACCCUACAGUUGCUCAGUGUGUGGUAAAGGGUUUUCUGAAAGAGGAAGUAUGCAGAGACACAUGAUACUACAUACGGGAGAGAAACCUUUCAGUUGCCCAGUGUGUGGUAAAGGAUUUUCGCAAAGAGGACAUAUGCAGACACACAUGAGAGUACAUAUGGGAGAGAAACCCUUUAGUUGCUCAGUCUGCGGUAAAGGGUUUUCUCAAAGAGGACGUAUGCAGAGACACAUGAAAAUACAUACAGGAGAAAAACCCUUCAGUUGCUCAGUGUGUGGUAAAGGAUUUUCUGAAAAAGGAAACAUGCAGAGACACAUGAUAAUACAUACAGGCGAUAAACCUUUCAGUUGCCCAGUCUGUGGUAAAGGAUUUUCCCAAAGAGGACAUAUGCAGUCACACAUGAGAAUACAUACAGGAGACAAACCCUUCAGUUGCUCAGUCUGUGGUAAAGGGUUUCCUGAAAGAGGAAACAUGCGGUCACACAUGAGAGUACAUAUGGGAGAUAAACCUUAAGUUUCUAAGUCUGUGGUAAAGGGUUUUCUCAAAGAGGACAUCUGCAGUCACA